CGGGCGUUGAGCUCAACUGUCAACACAGGAACAUUUUCUGGAACACGUCUCAAUCUCUCAUCAUGAACCCAAACGUUACCUUCCCGUACCUCCUCUCCUUCGACAACCUUGCAAUAAUCCUAAACACGAAAACUUUUGGUGCCGGAAAAAGACCGAGGAUAGCUGCAAUGAAGAUGACCACCGUUUAUAGAAUUAAGGAUAUCUCCACCCCCUUGUCCUACGAUACCGCCCUUCCCAUCAACGAAAACCGAAAUGGUAUGCUUCGAAGGACGCCGGAAACGUCGUCGUUGUACCGUCUUUGGUACGAAGCUCAGGAAUAUCAGGAGCCCUAUUCUCACCUCUAACCAUCUGGGUAUUUCUCGGAGUCGAAGAUUAAUGGACUCUCCAACCGGCGAAGCUCGAAACCCCUCGUCAAGUUCCUGC